GAUUGGAGUAAUAAUCACUAAUCAGCAGUUGACAAGUAGUUUUUGGUUAGGAUUUGUUGUUUUGAUUGUUGGACGUCUUACUGUUAUAGUGCAAUUAUUAUUAGUUUUGGUAUUGCAUAACUGUUUCGGUAAUUUGUACUCGGAGUGUAUAUAAUUAGUUAUUCAUAUAUUAUAGGUAAUGUGGCUUUCAAUUUAAAUUCUGCAUUGGUUCCUUCAAGAUAGAAUAUUUCCAACAACGAACUAGGCCUAUCAGAGAACUGGUUUCAUUGAAUCUUCCACAAUCAUUGAAGAAAAGAGAAACAUAUCUGAGUUGCAGUGAAGGCAGAUUUGGCAGAUUUGGUUUCGGGUUUGCAACCACCCACUGCCACUGCAACCACUACCAUGAAGGAAAAAGUACAAAGGCAGCAGGGUGGUGAAGAAAUCGACCUAACAACUACUACUGUAUGUACAGAGUCCAGGAAAUUGCAUGACACGAUCAACUUGCCAAUAAACUUCUGCUGCAGCGACGACUCUGCUGAUGAGGAGUGUUCCUCAGAGGAUGAAAAUGAUGGAGUCAUUCAGGAUACAACCAGUCUCCACAUACCCGUAUCCGACCUGGCUACCAAUGAACUGAGUCGCCAAUUCCAGGAUAAAACCAGACUCCACACACCAGUAUCCGACCUGGCUACCAAUGAACUUAGUCGCCAAUUCCAGGAUAAAACCAGACUCCACACACCAGUAUCCGACCUGGCUACCAAUGAACUCAGUCGCCAGUUCCAGGAUAUAACCUUCGAUGAAGGCUUCCAUGUAAAUGAAGAAGCAUUGAAGAAAUUCUCUCGUCUACCUGUAAAUGAAAAAUAUGAUAGAGUAUUGGAGAUAAUUCUUGAACUUUUUGAUAAAUCCUCAAACACUGCUGAUUCCACAAAUAAAGACCUGAAAGCCCGAAGUCCGUUCAGAAACAGAGUUGCUCUACAGACGCUGCACAAACAAACACCAUUUGAUAGGCUAGAUUUGCCUGUGACAUCUCAUCUGGGAAAUGGGGGAAACGUUUAUGUCCAGAACCUUGCGGUUGAUACUCAGCCCAGUAUCAUUCCAAAAACUGUGUCCAGUUUGUCCAGUUUGUCCAGUUUUACUUCAGACUCCCUCCUACAGGAUGAUGAACUCCGGAAACUGUUGGAAAAUCCGAUAUUUUGUCAAGGAUUUCUAGGAAUUGUUGAGGAGAUGUGUAAAAAAGCAGAAGAUAUGUCUGAAGUUCCAACUGAUUCAAUGGAUCAGAGCCUAAUAUCACCGAUGAUGACAUCACCCAUCACUUCCCCCAGCACAGAACUCUACGAUUCAAGCUAUGAGACAGGGUCCCCUGGCAGCACGGUGGGGACCUCCCCUGCACCUCGCACAUCUGUCAGUUCAGAUUCAGAUCUGGAGCUAGAUCUUGGCAUGGAAAACCGCUCCAACAUCGUCAUCAUCUCUGCACUGCCCAACAGCCGACUCGAACACUCCAUUCCUGUUAAGGCAGAACCUGACGUCCAGCCUCUUGGAGAAGUCGUUCACUUUGUCAAAAUGAGUGCCACACAGAGACUAGAUGAGUUCUCAAAAUCCACAUCAUUUUGUGAGAAACACUAUGCCAUUCAAUUGGUAAAAGUUGUUCUCAUUUCGAAAGCCAAAACAAGUGAAGAAAGGCGCAUCCGUUUCAGCAAGAGCUUGUUGGAGACAAUGAAGGUAAAACCAAGUAAAGCUAAUGACAGUGAUAUAUGGCAAUUAUCGAUAUUUGCCCAUAUUGAAUUCUUAACUGCUAAGGAUCGAAUGCAAGAAUACAGUUCCACACUUCUGAGUCGUGAUGAGCAGUUACACUCACUACUGUAUAUCGCUGCUGUCGAGCGUUUUGACAAGCCUAUGAUUGCCCGCUAUGUAGCCGAGAGUCUUGCCAAAGUGAACUACAAUCCACUUGAGGUCUAUAACGAGGGAAACACCAUCCUGCAUGUGCUGGCGGAGCUGGGUGACUCCCACAAAGACGUGCUGAGUGAGCUGCUGAUGGCUUCUGGUGCUGAUGGCAAGCCACUGAUGGAUGUGGCAGUUACAAAUAAGAAGGGUCAGAGUGCACUGCAUACGGCUGUGCUCUCUCCCCAUCAGCACCUAUCCACUGUGCUGCUUCUGCUCAAAAUGAGAGCCAACCCCUUCCAAAAGGAUGUGCACGAGAAGACACCUCUGCACUAUCAGAUGAUUGCUGCAGCCAAAAGGGAGCCCAGGAACGGCAGAGAUCUCGAAGUUAUAAGGAAAAUGAUCCAAGCACACCCUUUACGCACUAAGGAGGCUGUAAAGAUGUUGGAGGAUAUGUGUGGUGACUCCUUUUUUCCCAGUGACCUCAGAGCUACCAUCCAGGCAGAAAUCAGCUACUUGGUCAAAGAAGAGAAAACCAAGAAGUUGGAGAGGCGUUAAAAGUUUCAACAGAGUUUACUUCCAUGUUAUGUGUUGGACUCAUGCCCAUGGCAACACAAAAAUUUGUUAUGUUUUGUUUAAAAUGUCUAUGCAAAAUGUUUGUGAUUUUAGAUCCAUUAAGUACUUAAUUUACUUAAAUAAUACCAAAUAUAGCGUUUUUAAAAUGGUA